GCCCUCUACUCUUCAGUCUCGUUGUUGCCGCUCUCACGGUCCGAGCUCCUCCUGGACCUCUGGUUCUGUUCUAACUUCCUCCUUCAUCCAACCGUCCAUCCAUCCAGCCAUCCAUCCAGCCACCGUCCCCUCCCGGACCCCGCCCCCCCCCCCUCUCGGUGCGGACAUGCUCCCGGGGUUCCGGACAUGAGGUUCCGAAAUGUCUCCUUCCUGACGGUCUUGUUGUUCGGGCUGAGCGGGCUGGUCUCCCUGUCCUGGUACACCGCCUUCAGCAGCUCUAGAGGAGAUGUUGUCGACAUCUACCAGAGGGAGUUUCUGGCGCUGAGGGAGCGCCUCCACUCUGCCGAGCAGGAGAACCUGAGGCGCUCCAAAGAACUGAACCUGGUCCUGGAGGAGAUCAAGCGGGCCAUCGCUGAGAAGCAGGCACUCAGAGACAUCAACCGGACCUGGAGCAGCCUCUCGGAGGAGACGAGGCUGAAGCUGUGGAACGUCAGCAGCAGUAAGAACGUGCUGCAGCUCCCCUCCAUCUUCCAUCAUCUUCCUCACCUGCUGAACAGAGAGGACAGCCUGCAGCCCGCCGUGCACCUGGGUCAGGGAAGAACCGGAGUUUCGAUCGUGAUGGGGGUUCCCAGCGUGAAGAGGGAGGUCCACUCCUACCUGACGGACACGCUCAGCUCCUUGAUGUCCGAGCUCAGUUCUGCUGAGAAGGACGACUGUGUCAUUGUCGUCCUCAUUGCAGAGGCGGACCAGCAGUACGCCAGCGGAGUAGCAGACAACCUGAAGCAGCUUUUUCCUGCAGAGAUCCAGUCGGGUCUGUUGGAGGUCGUGUCUCCAUCCCCCCACUUCUACCCCGACUUUUCACGACUCCGAGAGUCCUUCGGAGACCCGAAGGAGAGAGUCAGGUGGAGGACGAAGCAGAACCUGGAUUACUGUUUCCUGAUGAUGUACGCUCAGUCCAAAGGAACGUACUACGUUCAGUUGGAGGACGACAUCGUGGCUCGUCCAAACUACUUCUCCACCAUGAAGAACUUCGCUCUGCAGCAGCCGCUGGAGGAGUGGAUGAUCCUGGAGUUCUCUCAGCUCGGGUUCAUCGGCAAAAUGUUUAAAUCCUUGGACCUGUCGCUCAUCGUGGAGUUCAUGCUGAUGUUCUACAAAGACAAGCCCAUCGACUGGCUGCUGGACCACAUCAUGUGGGUCAAAGUGUGCAACCCGGAGAAGGAUGCAAAACACUGCGACCGACAGAAGGCCAACCUGAGGAUCCGCUUCAAGCCGUCGCUCUUCCAGCACGUCGGCACGCACUCGUCUUUAGCCGGGAAGAUCCAGAAACUGAAGGAUAAGGACUUCGGGAAACAGACCCUGCAUAAAGGUCACGCCAACCCGCUGGCCGAGGUGACCACCAGCCUGAAGACCUACCAGCACUUCACCCUGGAGAAGGCCUACGCAGGGGAGGACUUCUUCUGGGCCUUCACCCCGGUGGCCGGGGACUUCAUCAGGAUACGGUUCUUCACGCCGGUCCGCAUCGAGAGGUAUUUCUUCCGGAGCGGAAACAUCGAGCAUCCAGGAGACAAGCUCUUCAACACGUCGGUGGAGGUUCUACCUUUUGACAAUAUCCAGGCGGAGAAAGAAGCCCUGACUGAAGGAAGGGAGAAAACACCAAAGUACCAUCGGACCGACGACGGAUUCAUCAGGAUCGGAAAAUUCCAGAACGGGCUCGCAGAAGGGGAGGUGGACCCGUCCUUCGGACCCCUGGAGGCCCUGCGGCUGUCUGUGGUCACGGACUCUCCGGUCUGGGUCAUCCUCAGCGAGAUCUUCAUAAAGAAAGCUGAGUGAAGCUCCGCCCCUUGCCCCGCCCCCUCUGCCCUCAGCUCUACCUGAAGCCCAGCCUGGGCUCCUCAGCUGGUCCAGAUCCUCGCUGCUGUUGCACAGCGCCACCGUGUGGCCGGUCCUCGGCCCCCUCAGACCGAGCAGCUCAGAGACAGAAACUACGGAGACGAACGGCGGCGUGAGAAAACCACGUUGCCAUGAAGCUGUAAUUAUCCUGACGGUUCUGUAUUUAUAUGUACAUAUAGUGAAUACACUGGGUGUGAUGGAGCUGCUGCUUCCUGUCUGCACACACACCUCUCCUAACCCGCCUCCUCCUCCUCCGGCGUCCCUCCUCGCUGCUCUGGGUUCGUGUUGUCCCUCCAUCAGUGAUCCAGUUGCCUUAACGACGACAGAGCAGUUUCGCGUCACAUGUAGCGUUCACAGAUACCCAGAAUCCUUUGCUGCGGACUCAGACCCACUCACAGCACUGAAACUACUGAUGAAGACAGCCGGUCUGUUGUUUCUUUGAGGAGGCAUCUCUCCGGGCUGCGACUGCUGGAGACUCAGAUUUGUGAGCGAAUUAGUUAUUUGGAGUUCGAGUUUCAGAACUGCCAGAUUUCUGGAGGACACCGAGAACGCCGGAGACGCCGCGAGACAUUCAGGACGAGCCAACAGUCUCAGCCCAGUCAGAUCCCACCUUUAGUGAACUUUUUAAAACAGGUUGAAGGUAACCGAGGCCUUGACGACCCGUCUCUCUCUCUCAUGUGCGUUAAAGUUGUUUACUCUGUUGUUGUUCCUCGUCCGGUGCAAAAAACACAACAAAAACACUUGUUUAUUUCAGUUCUUUACAUGUUUUCUGCAGAGACUGUUGUCCAUCAGGACUUUGUCUUCCAGUGAGAGGUUUCUGUCUUACAGGAGAGACAAGUUUUGAUAAAUCGUUCCCUUCGUGUGCAGAUUUUAAAAUGAAAAGUAGGUGCCUUUAAGUGACAUAAAUCCUCAAGUUGUCCUUGUUUAACCCUCUUUAACCAUUUCACUUUAUUCAGGAGCAAAUAUUUUUAUACCCUCUGUAAACUUGCACAGACCCGGCUGGACAGUGGACUUGAUCUGGGGUC